GCCAAUGCACCCCUUAAACCCUAGCGUCUUUCUAGGGUUUAACAAGCCACCAUUUUUCCAAUUCAGCACUCCCAUUACUAUAAAAUCAAUUUUCCUUCAUUUCAUUUCCCUUUUUUUCAGCUAUGAAAUUUAAUUUCAGUCGCUGCAAUUCAAACUUUGCCCUAUUAAAAACCUGCAAUCUUACUACCCCUAGAGAUGGUAGGGUUUGUAAAUGAACCCACCACCAUUCUUGAAGAAGAACAACAAAAUCAAGACUCUAAGCUUAAAUCUUUGCGGGAAUCAGGUGAAUUCUUGGAUCCUAAGUUCAUUGAUUUUUCUAUUGAUGAUUCUUUUAUCGAUUUUGAUUCUAUAAGAGAGUUUUUUCAAGGUGCCCCUGACCUUGAUCAAGUUUCUUUAUUGGAUAGGAUUGAAAUGGAGGGCUCUGAUAAGAGUAGUGUUAUGGAGAUGGGAGUGGGUGAUAAAGAUUGUGGUUUGGAAAGAAACCCAGUUAUAGAUUGUUCUAAUUUAGUUAUUGAAGAUCAAUCUUGCGGGUUUGCGACGGUUAAGGACGAAAAACUGGGAAAUUUAGGCUGUUUUAUUGAAGAGGAGAUGGGUAAGGUUAGUUUGGUUGGUGAGUGUAAUACUGAUUGUGGUGAUGAGACUGUUGUCGAGAGAGAAAUAGUGGGCGAUGGAGUCGAGAUUAGUAAGGGAAGUUUGGCUGCUGCUCCGAGUUUGGUUAUUUCUGAUCAGAGUGGUCACAUGAGUGAUAUAGCGGGUAAUGAGAAGAAUAUAGGCGAUCUUAGUUUGGCGAAAGAGUCAAGUUCAGUGGAUGUCAUUGAGAGUGGUGUGAGUAAUGAGGUAAUGAUCGAUGAGGACGAAAGUGGAAGUGACUCGGAAUCUGAAAGUGAAAGCAGUUCGUCAUCGGCAUCGUCUUCUGGUAGUGACGAUGAUGAGGAUGAAGAGGAGGAGAAGGAAGAGGAAGUGAACAAGCAACUAAAGGGAGAGAGAGAAGAGGGUGAGGUCGAGGAAGGCGAGAUAAGAGAUUUGAAUGGAGAGCAGGUGGAUAGUAAGAUUGACGAGGAAGAAGAGGAGGAUGAAGAUGAUGUGGUUGAAUGGAAUGGAAUUGAAUUUGAUGAUAUUGAUGAGGAAGAGGAUGCCGGUGUUUCCAAGGGCCCUAUUAGAUCACAAAAUGAGCUUAAAUUUCUCCCUCCGGUUCCUCCUGUAGAUGUUACAUUGCAGCCGCAUCAUCACAUGUUGCCUGUUGGGGUCAUUUUGUCGAUAAUGAGUUCGCAAGUCAUUGUAGAAGCUGUGGAAAAACACAACCCGCUUAAUGAGGGUUCCAUCCUUUGGAUAACUGAACAGCGAUGUCCACUGGGGCUUGUAGAUGAGAUAUUUGGACCUGUUCAGAAUCCAUAUUAUAUUGUAAGAUACAAUUCUGAAAGUGAGGUCCCUUCCGAUAUUGGUCAAGGAACUUCGGUUUCUUUUGUUCCUGAGUUUGCAAAUCAUGUGCUUAGUGAAAAGAAUAUUUACAAGAAAGGAUACGAUGCAUCUGGUGAAAAUGAUGAGGAAGAGUCAGUUGAGGCUGAGUUCUCUGAUGAUGAAAAGGAGGCAGAGUACUUGAGAAUGAAGAAAAUGUCCAAGAGAGGUAUGAAUGACAAGACAGUUGGAAGCAAGAAAAACAGGAGAUCAAAGGAUAAGAAUGGGAACGGCAAUAGGAAAAAAAUUGUACCAACAAGGGGUCAAGCAUCGACGGGCAGGGAUCAACCACCGCCUAAUCAAAAUCAGCAUAAUGCCUCUGCUGUAGCUUCAAUGGGUAAUUAUCCAUCUUCUAGUGCUAAUAGCGGAGCUGGGUUUUUUCAACCAUUCUCACCAGGCGCACCGAAUGUUGGCGUUUUCCAACCUCCUCAUGGAAUUUGGAAUAAUGGAUUGUCUUUACAGCAGCCACAGAAUACAUUUAUUCCUGGUGGAGUUCCAGCUAAUAUGAUGUCAUGGCCUGCACAGAAUCAACUUCAGCACCCUUGUCAGAUGCCAAUGACAAAUGCUAUGCCAUUCCAGCAACAGUUUAAUCCUAGUCAAGGGCCACUUCUGAACGGUGGGCAGCCGAAUCUUUUCACUGGACUACCCUCGCCCUGGCCAGCAGGCAUUGGUCAAAAUUGCUUUAACCAAGCCCCGUUUGGCAUGGGUUUACAGGUUCAACCGACUCAACCAACCAUGAAUGCGAUGAACGUAGGACAGCAAGGGAUGAUGUCCAGCGGAUUCGGUAUGGCGCAGAACCACAACUUGCAUUCACCCGCUGGCAUUCCUGGAAAUGUUCAAGCUCCCCAGCAAUUUAAUUCGGGUUCCUCUCCAGGUCGUGGAAGGAGACAAUACCAUCGAGGGGGUGGUGGUGGUCGUUUCACAGGUGGAAGAGGUCGUUUUUCAGGUGGGAGAGGUCAUAAUCCAUCAUAGUGAUUCUUUGCUGUACCAUAUUGCGAUGUCUUAGAAUAGGCUGACUGGAUCGUAGGCUUUUUAAAUGUGGCCACUUAGUGUGUUAUCUUUUGGUAUUUGUACUUAAAGUAUGUGCUUUGUAUUUUGCCUGCUGAUCUAUGGAAAUUUAUUCGAAAAA